CGGUUGGGCUUUAUCAUGGUCGUGCAUUACAGUUUCCCAUAUUCGCAAACAAAUAAUUGAACAUCAUAAUUAUAUUACUUACAUAGUAAAUUAUAUUCUCUUUAUUUACUUAAAAACCAAAUAACUACAAAUAAUUGUUAUGGCAGGACAAGAGGACAAUAAAUGUCACGGGGAAGGCGAUGUCUCUGAUGAUACCGUAGACCCAACUGAUUCCGAACAAACUCAGACUACUGAUGUAAAUUUUACAGAAGAAUAUGACUUCCUGGAUUCUAAACUUGAUGAGUUAAACUCUGCUCUAGAUUUCUUAGAGAAAAAGAAUGAUGACAUACAUGAGAGGCUGAAAGAACUUCUGCAGUCCAGCAGGGAUAUAAGGCAACAACUGCGUAGUGAAAAUAUGGAAGUUGAUUUGAAUAAUUAAAUAUUCUCAUCUAAAGAUUACAUUAAUCAUUGCCGUUAUGUUUUACACAUUUUAUUAGAAUAAUUUGUUAUAUCAAUAAAGAGUCGAAAUGAUUUAUUUUCAAAA